AUGCGCGUAUACUUUGUACAGGGGGGAGAAAGCGUGCAAGCCAUGUUUCGAUCGUCUACCAGCAUCAGCUCGAACAAGUUCAUCCUACUGGUCAUGAGAAACCUGCAAGGGUCCGCCCAAAAAGAUGUCGACAAGUUCGCAAACGACCUCUCGGGGCGGCAAAGAGUACCUGCACCCGGCUACGAAAACACACCGCAAGAGGAGCGAUAUUGGUACACUUUGCAUCACAUUACCGUUGAACAUCUAUCACGCGCAGAGCCCACCGCUCAUUUGGCAGAGACUUACACAAACUUCUUUAACGAGGCUUUGGAAAAGCAGCCUGUGGGCCAGUGGGCGACUGUUCGUCUUUUGGAAUUCUUGAAGAGGGAAAUGUGUGCGAGCGCCAUCAGGUCAUUCUGCGGCACCGAGCUAUUGGACAUGUUUCCGGACUACGUCGAGCAGUUCUGGCGUUUCGAUAGCAUUGCUUUUCAGGUUGUGUAUGGGCUACCAAAGUGGAUCAACAGCGGUCCGGUAAAUGAACGCGAUAAGUUGAACGGCAUGACGCAGGAGUAUCUGAGAAAGGCCUUUGCAAAAUUUGAUUGGGACGGUUCUGCGGUGGAUUCCAUCUGGGAGCCCACGUUCGGAUCAAGCUACGUUCGCAAGAUGACCAAAUGGCUUCACGACACAGAUAUGGCUCCGGAGACUCAAGCCGGUUUCUACAUGAUUGCGAUCUUUGGAAUAAACGCGAACACAAUACCAAUCACCACAUGGGCGAUGAUUGAGCUCUUGCGAGAUCAGAAGCUGUUCCAAGCAGUUCGCAGCGAGGCCCUUGAGACCCUUAAUGUGGAUCCCGUUACCGGGAAGCGAUCAUUUAACGUAUCCAAGCUCAUCUCAAUGCCGCUGAUGCAGUCUAUUUAUACGGAGUGCAUGCGUCUUCAUGUCUCCAUUGCGCUCUCCAGAGAAGUCGUCGAGACGACCACGCUCCACGGCUUCCGCUUAGAGAAAGGCUCAAUAAUUCAGGCCCCGACGCAUUUUGUGCACUUGGACGAGCAGAUAUGGAGCCAGGAAGGACAUUCUGCUUCUGAGUUUUGGGCAGAAAGACAUCUAAAGCAUGUGAAGAAAGUAGAAGAAGGUACUGAUCGACUUACCACCGAAAAGCAGUUUGUAUUGGCGGGAAAGACCAAUGAGUUCAUCCCGUUUGGUGGUGGACCAUCCAUGUGUCCGGGGCGGUUCUUUGCUAAACAAGAGAUUCUUCUCACAAUCGCCAUCCUUGUCACAAAGUUCGACAUGGAGUUUGUUGAGUGGACAAAUUUGGACGGGUCCAAGUCUGAUCGACCCCCUGUGGAUGAUGAGCGGUACUUUGGUACAGCUGCUGUACCUCCGGAUCGCGAUGUCAAGGUAAGGUGGAAGAAACUCUGGUGA